AUGCCUUUGGCUCGUUGUAUAGCCGCCACAUCGUCUAACCACGCCUCCUCCCCCUGGGCUCUCGCCUGUGGUGCUGCCGGUUCCCCCUCCCCCAUCCCUGUCCUCCGCGCCCCUGCCUGGGCCGGCCUCAAGCCCUCCAAGCACAGAGAGAGCGUGGAUUUAGGAUUUGGGAUGCGGAGUUUGAUGGAGCCUGAGUGGGACACGGUUAUGGGUUCUGUUGCUGCUGCUUUUUCCGCGCAGGGGGGAGGGGGGGGACGUGGGGGAUGGGGGGGAGGGGAAAGGGGGAAAGGGGGGAAAGGGGGAAAAAGGGGGGAGGCCGUCUGGGAUUGGGGCUUCAGCGGCCAAUCGGACACGAGGCGCCACCCGCUGGACGAGCAGCUGUGGCUGCGGUUUGUCUCUUUCCAGGACGUGGCGGCCUCGGGCAGCGGGGGCGGGCGACACCGGGCAGCGGUGAUGCGGCAGGUGACAGAGAAGAAGGUGGCAGUGUUGGAGCGAGCGCUGCAGCACGUGGGGGAGUGCGAGGCGGUGCACUAUCUGCUGCUUCACCCAUGGGUGAUUCAGCAGGUGAGUGAGAAGAAGGUGGCAGUGUUGGAGCGAGCGCUGCAGCACGUGGGGGAGAGCGAGGCGGUGGUUUUAACCUACCUUCACACUUGCAGUGGCCGAGAUGACGCCACCUCACUGGACGCCAAGUGGCGAAGCGCCAUUGGUCGCAUCCCUGGCAGUGCGAAUCCCUGGAGGGGUUACAUGCUGAACUCGCCGCGGUGCGGUGAGGAGGAGGAGGAGGAGGAGGAGGAGGAGGAGGAGGAGGAGGAGGAGGAGGAGGAGGAGGAGGAGGAGGAGGAGGAGGAGGAGGAGGAGGAGGAGGAGUAUGAGGAUGUGAGGAGCAUUGGAACGUUCAGAACCGACUCCGAUUCACUAGCAGCAGGGAAGGGGAAAAGAGAUGAAGAGCAAGCAGAAGAGGAUGAUGAAGAGGAAGAGGAGCUAGAGAGGGUGGUGGUGUAUGAGGAUGUGAGGAACCGACUCUUCUCUCUGCACUCCAAAGCAGCGAAGCGACAUCUGCUGCUUGCUGCUGCUACAUUCUUUGAUGCUCCCCUGCCGGCUUGCGCUACUACAGCCGGCACUGCUAUAGCCGUGGAUGUUGGUGCUGCAGUAGGGAAGAGGAGAGGGGGCACAGCAGCAGGGAAGAGGAGAGGGGGCGCAGCAGCAGGGAAGAGGAGAGGGGGCACAGCAGCAGGGAAGAGGAGAGGGGGCACAGCAGCAGGGAAGAGGAGAGGGGGCACAGUAGCAGGGAAGAGGAGAGGGGGCACAGCAGCAGGGAAGAGGAGAGGGGGCACAGCAGCAGGGAAGAGGAGAGGGGGCACAGCAGCUGCCAUACAAGCCGUGCUGGAGCGAGCGAAGGGCAGGGAAUCCCCCUGCCCCCCUGUGCUUCCCUCUCCCCGUCUCCCCUGCUCCCCAUCCACCCCUCCGUACUCCCUCCAGUCCAUCGCCGAAGCCACACCUCUCCUAGUGCUCGCACACACCCACAUCGACCUAUCCCUUCCCCAUCACUCUUCCCAACCCCUUUGUCCGCCAUCUCCCUGA